AUGGCUCAGAUUAUUGGAACCACGCCGGAGGACCUGCGGCGAGCUGCUGAUGCCCUAUUGGAAGGCAAGCUGGUCGCCAUCCCAACCGAGACUGUCUACGGUUUAGGCGGCAAUGCGCUGAUUGAAAGUGCUGGCAAGCGCAUUUACGCCGUGAAGGGGCGACCAGCUAUCGACCCACUCAUUUGUCAUGUGUACUCCUUGGACGGCGUGCGUAAGUUGUGGGAUCUGAAGUGGGAUGAGGGGGCGGUGGAGCUGGCGUGCACAAUCGGGGCGGCUCUGUGGCCAGGACCGUUGACGAUCGUCUGCAAAGCAAGCCCGUCCCUUCCGGGUUGCGUUACAGGCGGCUCUGGGUACGUGGGGGCUCGCAUCCCCAACAAUCCAAUAACGCUGAAACUGCUAGAGAUGGUUGAUGUUCCUGUUGCUGCCCCAAGCGCGAACACCUUUGGGCAUGUAAGCCCUACGACCGCGCAGCACGUUUACGACGACUUAGCUGCUCGAGACCCGGAGCUACUGAUCAUUGACGGCGGACAAAGCGCGAUUGGCAUAGAGUCGACUGUAGCCAAGGUUGAAUCGAAAGACUUGGUGGUGGUGCUGCGCAGGGGGCGCAUUACAGUGAGCAUGAUUCACCGCGCCAUUGCAGAUAGUUACCCGCAGACGCGUGUCGAAAUCCGCGACACACGCAUCAUGUAUGACUCAACGAAAACGCCGAUGGUAAGCCCUGGCCAGCUUCUCACUCACUACUCCCCAAGCGUGCCGUCGUCCCUCCUCACACCCGGUAGCCUGGCAGCGUUGACGGCAGCUGCGGAUGUGCCUGUCUACGUUCACCGCGGCAAAGACGUUGUGCCUCUUUGCGAAACGAUUGUCCUUGAUUUUAACGGAUACUUAUCGCGAUUCAGAGACACCUGCCUCUCCUACCACGACAUAAGCCCUGAUGGCAAUCCUGAAGAGGGGUGCUUCGCCGUCUUCGAUGCGUUGCGUGCGACCGAGACGGUUAAGGGGGCGAAGAGUCUUGUGUUUCCGCUUAUCUCAGAGUGGCCACACGACAAGCCAAAAGAAGAUUUGCUGGCCGCGAUGGAGGACCGACUAUUUCGCGCAGCAUCGGGCGUGACGGCUGUCCUGAUCAAUGAGGCCGCACCUGCUUCGGCGUGA